UCCCCCACGGAUCCGAUUUCCUCGCCUAACUUGCCUGAUUUUGACAUGAAAUCCGUAAUCGAAGCAGGCGAGAUCUCCGCCGCCGGCAAGGUCUACAGAGAGUUGUCCAUCGCCUCACCGGCCUCGCCUACGCCUUGAAGGAAUUCCGCGAUGAUUCCUCCCAACGCCACCAAAUCAGCGCCGAUAUCCAGAUCCUCAAGGAAUUGGAUCAUCCCAACCUCGUCAAAUGCUACGACGUCGUUUUUGGCGAUGCCGGUGUCAGUUUCCUCCUCCUCGAGCCCUUGGAUCGCGGAUUUACCGACGUCACCUGUGAAUUCGAUCUAGUUACUUUCGCUUACCAGCUUCUUUCGGGCUUGAAUUUCCUCCACCGGAAUAGAAUCCGGCAUGGGGAUAUCAAACUCUCCAAUAUUUUCGUCGAUCAUACCGGCCAAGUCAAGCUCUUGUAUUUGGGGAAUACUUUGUCUAAUACGACGCCGUUUUCUCCUGAAAUUGGAGCAAUGCAUGAUGAAUUCUCGUGGGAUGUGUGGAGUGUGGGGUUGUGUGUUCUCAAAUUGGGCAAAUCGUCUGGCAGAUUCAGUGAAAGUGAGGAUGUUCAGAAACAGCAUGUGAAUUUGUGGACACCGUCGACGGAGCUGCUGAGGUUUCUCUCAGCUUGUAUGCAGGCAGAUGUAUUGAAGAGAAGGACGGCGGAACAACUUGUUCACCAUCCCUUCUUUGAUCAGCUUUCACACAAGAAAGAGGUUCAAUUGAACAAACAGAUUCAACUUCCACCAAUAAACAAAGAGAAGGAUCUAUUUUAUCUACAAGAGGAACUAAUGAGUCUUUCAAGGAAAAAACCCAGAAUUUCUAGAACUAAUGAGGAACUGAUGAGUCCUGUAAAGAAAAAAUUCAAAAUUUUUACUGAGGAUGAGGAUAGAGUUAUAUAAUCUGGAAACUCCAAAAGAUUCAACCACUCAUGAAGUUCCUGAAAGCUGCAUUGAACAUUGCAAUCUGUUUCUUCCGGAUUGUGAAUUUGAAAAGGAUAAAUUGGUAAGGAUGUGGAUAGCAGAAGAAUGCUUUGAAUUGGGAGCGACUAAAAGAAUGGAGGAUGUAGGUAACUUGUAUUUUAAUGCUUUGAUCGAGAGGGAAGUCAUUGUACCUUCCAAGUUUGAUACUAUUCUCAGGCAGACGAUGUACAAAUUUAAUACAUCUCAAGCUCCGGAUGGACUCGUUAAACAAGGUAACUAUUUGAGGAUCACUCCAAGUAAUAUGAAUGAGAUCGACAGCGAGGCAUUACAUCUGACAUGGAAGUGUAAGACGCUUGAUCGAAACUUUUCUGAUGCUCUGAAAAUUUUCAAACAGUUGCAUACGCUUGUUGUGCAUGGGGAUCGUUGUGCUGUCACUGGCCAACUUCCCAGCGACUUCUUUUUGGGUUUAAAGCUUUUAAGAACAUUGGAUUUGAGUCGCACUCAUAUAGCAGAGGUCCCAGGUUCAAUUGGAAAGUUGGAAUCACUGCGAUAUCUGGACAUGUCUGGAACUCCCAUCCAGCGGCUGCCUGAAUCAGUUGAUCGCCUCCACCGUCUCCAAACACUAAAUCUGAAAUAUUGUGUUGGACUUUCUGCUUUACCAAGAGGAUUGGGGAAGUUAGUUGAACUUCGCCACCUAGACCUCGACAUUAUUAGUCAAUUGAAGUCCAUGCCCAAAGGGAUGGGAAAUCUAGUAAAGCUUCAAACUUUACAAGCAUUUAUUGUGGGGAGUAAGAAUGAUGGAUGCGGCAUAGAGGAAGUAAGGGAAGCUGCACUAUUGCAUAAAAUGUACAUCGACAAGCUGGAGUGUGGAGAUGCCAAUUCCCAGGAUACAGCUGAAGUAUUAGAAUCCCUGCAACCACAUUUUCACCUGAAAGAGUUAUUGCUGUCAUUUUAUGGUUGAUCAAGAUUUCCAAGGUGGAUGAGCAACCCAUUCUAUACCGAUCUUGUGACAAUGACUCUGUACAAGUGCGUAAAUUGUGCUAUCCUGCCCUCCAUUGGGGAGCUUCAGUCUCUCUAGAUUCUCAAAAUUUUCCACAUGGAAAAUGUGAGGAACAUCAGCACACUGUUCUGCAGGAAUAUUGUAACUACAGUGGUUAAUGCAUUUCCAAGGCUGGAGGAAUUGACUCUUGAGGGCAUGUCUGCCCUUGAAGUAUGGACAGGAGUCGAGGAUGGUGAUUUCCCCUGCCUUGGCCAAGUUUCCAUAAGAUAUUGCCCGGAACUUCGUCUUCUUCCAUUGUCGCAGCUCUCCUCUCUUGAGCGCUUGGAAAUAAGUCAUUGCAAGCAGCUGAUGUCUUUGACGGAAGGGUCAUUGCCUGAUUCGCUUGAUUCUUUAAUAAUAAGAUGCUGCCCGGGAAUAAACGAGAGGUGUCGCAAGGAUGGAGUAGAUUGACCCAAGAUUGCUGCUGUGAGAAACAUAUGGAUUGAUUUUGAAAAAUUAGGUUUAGAUUAGGGCUUGCAGUCCAUGCUUUCUUUUCUUUGUCCAAUUUUUUUGAGCUUUGUUUGUCAAAGUAAAUUAAACAUACAACUUAAAUUGGGCGAAGGAUCCAAUAUCACAUGAGCUUGCCUUUGUGUUUGGAAAA